CCUUUUUUCUCUGUUUUUUUUUUCUCCUUGUUAUUAUGCCGGACACAUAUUCUGUGUUAAUCAAUCGCGAUGCCGAUGACACUGUAUCAGAUACAGAAGCAGAGAAAAAACUUGUUCGAAAAUUAGAUACGAGAUUACUACCAUUUCUUAGCUUUAUGUAUCUUUUCUCUUCCUUGGAUCGAUCCAGCCUAGGGAAUGCUGUAUUGGAUAACUUUGAGGAGGAUGUUGGUAUCACACCUGAUCAAUUCAAUACUUGUGUCACCAUCUUUUAUGUUGGCUUUCUUAUAUUUCAAAUACCCAGUAAUAUACUAUUGAAAAGGUUCACUGCCAAACGAUGGUUACCCCUCUUGAUGCUUCUCUGGGGUGCCAUCGCUUGCUUGCAUGCAACUGUCAGAAACUAUACUCAACUCUUGAUCUUUCGUUUUCUUCUUGGAUUUUUUGAAGCAGGUUUCUUUCCUGGCGUCAUUUACUUUUUGACCUUGUUUUAUAAAAAGAAUGAAAUGGCAACACGUAUUGCUCUCUUUUGGGGAUCGACAGUGGCUGCUCAUGCUUAUGCUGGUGUUCUUGCCUAUGGUAUAUUGCAACUUAGAGGAUCAGGAGGAUUAACUGGCUGGCAAUGGCUGUUCCUUAUUGAAGGCAUACCUACCGUGCUUGUGAGCGUGAUAGCAUACUUCUACCUACCAAGUUCACCAUCCACCUGGACUGUUUUAACAGCAGAGGAGCGCAUACUGGCUGUUUCAAGACUGGAGCACGAGGAUAAUAAGCACACACACAUGACCUUGGCUGAUUUAGACGCUUCAAAUAAAAAGCAAGCAGUCAAGGCAUUAACCGACUGGAAGGUUUGGAUGUAUAUGCUCAUGUUCUUUUGUGGAAGUGUACCAAACACCAGCGUAUCAAACUUCUUACCAUCCAUUGUCAGAGGUAUGGGCUAUGAUGAUAAAUUAUCAGCAAAUUUGAUGUCAGCGCCGCCUUAUGUGUGUGCAGUAAUAGUGAUGAUAGUAGUAGCUUAUUCUUCAGAUCGUCACCGAGAUAGAGCAUAUCAUGCUACUGCAGGUGCCUUGAUUUGUUUAAUUGGAUAUAUCAUCCUGGUUGUCUGUAUUGAACGACCUACACUGUAUGCUGGUGCCUGUAUUGCCGUUGCUGGCAUCUUUGUAAUCAAUCCUAUCGUCAAUGCAUGGUUGACAAGUAACAUUGCGCCUGAUAUGAAAAAGAGUGUUGCAACAGCAAUGGCUGUCUCUGCAAACAACUCAGCAGGCCUUGUUGGAUCCAAUAUUUAUAGAAAGUCUGAUGCACCAAGAUAUUGUAAGUUGUUUCUUUUGUGAACAAAGUUGGCUCAUUAUAUCUUUUAUUAGUAAGAGGUCAUAUGAUCAAUUUA